GGCACAUACCGGAACGUCUCCUGCCACGAUCAUACUCAAUCACCUACGCCUACCACGGGAAUCGACAAAAGAGUGGAAGCGAGAAACGAAGAUUGGGCUACCAACAUUGAAUUCAUGGCUGGGACGCAAUUCCUAGGACUCUUCUUGCAACCAGAUGGACAGGUUCACGACUUGAAUGACGUUACAUGUUUGCUCCUGCCUUCUUACACUGAAGGCCCGUGCAAUGGGGUCAGUGUCUCUUCCAUCGGAGUUGCGACUGGGUAUGGACCCUGCACAUUCUACGGCUUGGAUGGAGCAAUUGUGGCUGUUCCGGGGGAAGGGGAAGGAUGGGUAUAUGUCGCACCGCCACAGAAUAUGAUGCAAGCUGUCUGUGGCUGA